UUCAAAGAAUUUUCCCUCACUCUAGUUUCGUUUUCUUUCGCUAUGGCGGGAGUUUAGAACAGAGCACGAGAGGGAACGGUCUCCACGGUAACCAUCUAAGCCGGAAGUGCUGGGCUCACUCGUAAGCAACAACAACUGAUAAAAACAAAUGAAAUCUACUCUGCAUUCAGUUAAUAAAAGCAUACAGUUUAUUUAACGCCCCAGCGUGGGACGGAAAUGCAAAUGUUUUGUCAAUGAGAUUCACCGACGUCAAGUAACGUUACUGUAAUGUCCAGGUCAGUGAUCUGUCCCCUGAGUGUAGGGGCCACGGCUCCGGAGUCUCUCUCCGUCUUACAGCGGCGUCUUCAGACAGCGGAGCAGCAGACGGAGGAGUUAGUGAGGAGUCUGGGCUCUUUGGGAGCGUCUGCAGAUCAGCUGCUCGUCAACUCUUCAGACGGGAGCUCCUCUACGCGUCCCAUCAGUCCCGUGAACAUCCACCGGGCCCUGAGUGCCGCAGGAGAGGGUUUGCUGUGGAGACAGUGUGAAACGCUGGUCGCGCGCGUGUGCAGAUUAGAAAGUGUUUUGCACGCUCUGAAACUCACCACCUUCCGCCUGGAGACGGACAGACAGCUCAAUCCAUCCAACAUGGUGCAUCUGCAGGAGCGAUUAACCGCACUGCAGGAGCAGCAUGAGGAGGAGCAGCGCUCUUCACGGCGGGAGGUGCUGCAGUUACAGGAUGAGCUUCAGCAGGCCUGUGAGCAGAGACAGGAGGCGCAGCGGGAGGUGCUCAGACUCAGGGAGGCGCUGGAGAACACCACCUCUGCUAAAAUGGCGCAGGAGACCACAGCACUCUUGGAGGCUGAGCAAUCCCACAAUGCACUGCUGCUGAGAGUGAAUGAGAUGGAGAGAGUGGUGGAGAGGGAAAGAAGACAGGUGGAGGUUCUUCAAGCAGACUGUCACGCCUUACGUACUGAUGGACGGGAAAACAGGGCGGAGCUAAAGAAGAGGGAGGAGCAAAUUCUGGGCCUGGAAAGAGAGUGUUGGGAGCUUCGAGACCAAUCCGGAGUGAAAGAGACUCUGAUAUCACAGCUGACCAAAGAGAUCAAGAGUGUGAAGACGGCUCUGCAGAAACAGCAGCAGGAGAACAGCAGACUCAUCAGAGAUGGACGAGACCUCAGAGCAGCUGCAGAUCAAGUCCAGGUGUUGAAUGAAGAGUUAGAGGUUCAGUGUUCAGAGCUGAGCACCGCACUUCAUUCAUUAACACUGGAAAACACUCGACUACAGACAGAACAUCACUGCAAAAUUAAGGCGGAGCGAGAUCGUGUGUCUAAACAUCUUCAGGAGCAGGUUCUGCUGUUAGACACAGCCAGAAGGAACAUCCAGGCUGAACUACAGGGCACCGUAUCGGAGAAACUCGCCCUGCAGAAAGAGCUGGAGGCACUGAAAGCAGAUCAUGCCAAACUGCAGCAGAGUUCCACCGUUGCCCAGGAGACAGCUGUCAAUCAUCAGCAGAUGCUGGAACGCACCAUCCAGAGGCUUCAGGGGGAGCUCAGCUGCGCCGUGAGAGAUGAUCAGAUAAAGAGUGAGAUGAACUCUGCAAUCAUCUCGCUGGAAAAGGAGAAGAACAUUCUGGAAACACAGCUGUCGGAGAUCAAGGUGGAGUUGACCGUGGUGAACUCAGCACUGCAGAAACAUAAAGAGGAGAACAAGGAGCUGAUGGAGAGCCUGGCAGCCUUGGAGCAUCAGCAGGUAACUCAUCGUCAGGUCGAACAGAUGCUCUGGGACACGACAGACAGCAAGAACAAACUGGCCUACGAGAAGGGCAAGUUGCGGGCACGAGUGCAGCAGAUUGCCGCUGACCUGAAGACAUUGAAAGCAGAAUGUGCUCAACACUGUCAGAGCAACACUGCACUGCAGAACAGUUAUACACAGGCGCAGAGGGAAAAUCAGACAUUAAAAGAGCAACUCUUCACACUACAGCAACAGCACAGAGACACGAAUGAAGUAGCUCAAACUCUGGAGAAUGUCCUGUCGUCUCACGCUCGUCUGCAGCAGAACACACAAACACUGCAUGCAGAGCUGAGAGAAAGAGAGCAGGAACUACACACACUCAGGAGAGAGAGACUGCAGGCUAUGAAAGAGAUUCAGAGGCUUGAAGCUGAACUAGAGAAUCUCAACGCAAGGAACAAUGAGAAGGUUGAAACUUUGCAAAAAGCACUUGAUGAAGCUCAACUGGACAACAGGAAACUUUCCCAGAGUUUAGAGCAGGCCUUACAGGAAAAGCACAAUGCACUAGACAAAUUAAACACCCUCAGCGAGAGCAGGGAGGCGGAGCUUAAAGAGGCGAGAGCAGAGAUUCGGCGAUUGACAGAACUUGUAGAUUCACACAAGAGCUUGCUCAAAAGGGAAAAAGACUCUGGGAGAAAGUCAGCACAGAGGCUGAAGAAGGCGCUAAAUGAUGCAUCGGCAAAGUCAGGUGACCUCUCACGAGCCAAUCAGGAGCUUGGAGAGAAGGUGUCUCAGAUGGAGAAGCUUAUAUCCCAUCUGAAGUCUCAACUGAAUCAGUAUCUGGGCAACAGAACAGCACUGAAUCACUCUCUAAGAAUCAAGGAUUUGGAAGCAGAAAUUAAAAGUCUUGAAGAAGCAAAGGAUGAAUAUAAGAGGAGGAGUCAUGAACAGUCUCAGUCUUUGCUGCAGCUGCGUUCGGAGAUGCUUUCUCUCCAGUCUGAGCUGCAGUGUCUGUCCUCCACUCAGCAGGGGGAGCUACAGGCCGAAAGAGAGCUCAAUCGUACGCUACAGGAGAAAUGUCUGCAGCUGGAAGAGAGUUUGAAACGGCUCCAGGACGAGAGGGAUGAGGCAGAAGUGAGACUCAGGGAAGUUUGUCUGGAGUCACAGCAGAUCACAGAGAACAUGGAUGAGGACCACAGAGGGCUCUGCCCUGAAUCUGAGAGCUUUAAUGGCCAGACAGAAGCACAAAAACUUACAAAGAGCUUGAGCAAUACGGGAAAAGACGCCACACGGUCCACUCCAGCUCAGACUCGCGUUUGCUUUUCUGACCCUGAACUGGAGCCCUGGGCCUCAGCACUACAGCGCUGGGAGAUCAAGAAAGAGCUGGGACGCGUCGCCGGCAGUUACAAACCCACAAGACAUGUACGUGCGCUGACCACCUGAGAACAGCCUCCACGGAGAAGCGCAUCACAGACUCACAGAUCAUGCAUGUAAUCGGCUUGGAAAAAUUCAGUUAUCUACAGUAGGUGUGUUUGUAUGCAAAUACAUAUCAAGCAUAUUUAAAACAUGUAUUUUAUUGCUUGAAACUAAAAAGUGCACUUGCAAAAAUACACUGUCUGUGUGUGUGUGGUCUGCUCAUGAAAUAAAGUGGAAACAGAGCUGCACUUUAUGAUCACGUGCCCUAAUUACUCACGAAUUGCUCAUGUUAAACAUGUUUGUUCCCUGCAGCCCGCAACAAAGUUAUUCAGUUACAAUAUAAUAAGGUCAAACUCUUAUACCUGCAAAAUGAAACUCCAGAAAGUACAAAUAUGACUGCAAGGGAGGUGAGGUCUUGCUGUAAGAGAGGGACAACCUCUACUUGUCUGUAUAUUGCAUUAUUGUAUUUAUAUAAUUGUUUUUAGUGGUGUAUCUUUUUUUAUUGGUAUAUCUUUUUUUGUCAUGCCAAUAAAGCUAUUUGAGCCUGAAAAGACAUUAAUAUAGCAAUUGCAAUAGAAUAGAUU